AUGGAGAACGGUUAUCCGAAAAAAUCGAGUCUACGACGAACAAGCUCCAGCAUACAGAAGCGCGGCUUUGUCAUUCGGAACAACAACUACAAGCUCUCUUUAGAAGCGACGUCGGCAAGCGUGGCUAAACUUCAGACCGAAAAACUGUCCCUAAUGCGAGAAAACUCGAGUAUGAAACUGGAAAUGUCACAGCUGCGUUCGCAGCAAGCUUCUCAACAAGCGGCCAUUACGGAAAAGCUAAAGUCGGAAAUUGAUAGACGCACACUAGCUGAAAAUGAGGUAAAUGAACUCAAGUCCAAGCUGAAAGUCGCAAAUCAAAAAACAAGAACAAUCCCGCAUGAUUCUACGUUUGAGCGUCAAGAAGAUGUGGCCGAUGUGAGAGUGCUCAAGGGUGGGGAGGAUAUACCAAAUCUAACCCACUUCCGACACAAAAUGACAAUCGCAACUCCAGGUGCCGCAAACUUGCCCCAAAAACGUAAGAAAGCGUCAGCACUUCUGGGCGAUAUAUCCUCGUUUUCUGUAACGCCUUUCCUCAAUCGAGCGAAUACCGACGAGGCCCCCGAUAUAAGUUCCGAAGAACCCGAGGAUAGCCCUGUGUUUGAGACUCGAGCUUUGGCUCCAAGGUCAAUUAAAUUAAGUAACGCAGAGUCCCAUUCUCCUACGAAUCUUAGGCCUCCCGGAAACGAGGCGAUUCCCCCAUCAACCAAAACACUUACAGGGAAGCUCACACAAAAUAAGCAUGAUAGUUACCGGGUGUUAAAUAAGCGGAAGACCCAACCUAGAAAGACCUCAGCUUCACAGGUAGUUGACGAACCGUCGCAGUCGACUCUUACAGAGCAACAGCGAGGUGCUUUGAAGAAACGCCGAGUUCUCGGCUCGAAACGUGAGGGAAAUGUAUUUGACUCAGGGGACGACCUUGGAAAUUACCGAAAUUUCCAAGGAAUCGAAUCUCGGGAUGGUCACAAGCAAGGAAUGCAAACACUGCAGUUCUCACCUUUGAAACGCCAAACAAGGCCCGUAUAA